CAUUUUUAAUAAUAAAAUGGCUACACAAAAGUUCACUAAUCUUUUUUUUUAUUUUAAUGCAUUGUGAAUGACAUCUGUCACAAUACAAUCUGACAGAACUGUUUUGAAUGAAGUUAAAGACAAAUAAGCUCUACUAGAACCACCUUACAGGAAAAACCAAACAAAUUCUGUGACCAACUCAAUAUGUUGUUGUGUGCUGCACUUUUUUCCAAGUAUAUCAUUUGUUAGUUAACUUACUAUUUCUCUCAUUUUUUCCCAACUCUCUCUCCCCGUUUUGGUUAGUGUGCCUUGGGAGUUUUGACCCAUUCCAUUGUAAUUAUUAUUAAUGUUACUACCACAGCAGUAAAUUCCUAGAAUUUUUUAUGUCUUCUUAGGAAGAAGAAUAAAAGUUAAAUUCAGUAUUAUAUACAUGAUAACAGUUGUUCAGCUUUCUAGAUACUCUAGAUACUCAUAGCUACUUUUUCAUACUUAUAGCUGAUUUUCCCAUGCCUGAGUCUUUAUUUUGAAUAAAUAGCAAUUUUUCUCUAGUAUAUCAGCAUGUCAGUUUUCAGAGUAAAUUUUAAGUAUUAGAUUUUUCAAAUAGUUUUAAGCAUUUAAUGAAGGCACAAACAUACCAUUUUAGAGUUCACCUUGUCUUCUCCAGUCCUAGAAGGAACCUAAAUAGGAAGGAAAUGUAAAAAAGAAUGGAUAUAUGUAUAUGUAUAACUGAUUCACUUUGCAGAAACUAAUACAAGUUUGUAAGGCAAGUAUACGCCAAUAAAAACAAUUAAAAAUAAAUAAAUUGCAUGAUUUUCUUAAGAGCAUAAUGAAAUCUCACACUGUCCUUCUAGGAAUGUCAACCACCCCUCUGUCCAGCAUACCCCAUGCACUAGUCACUUAGCAGUCCUCAGAUGGACUGUUGAAGUAUAGUGUUUGUAUGUAGGUAACCCUAAUUUUACUUAGCAGUUGUCCCAAAUCACAAGAGUAGUGCUGCUGGCAAUUGCUUCCUUUAAGUGAAAAGGUGAAAGCUCUUGACUUAAUGAGGAAAAAAAUUGUAUGCUGAGAUUGCCGAGGUCUGGAUAAAAAUGAAUCUCCUAUUUGUGAAGAAGGAAAAAGAAAUGCAUGCGGGUUUAGCUGUUGACCCCCAAAACUGCAAAAGUUACAGCUACAGUGCGUGAUAAAUGCUUCGUGAAGUGGAAAAGGCAUUGAAUUUGUGUUUUGGGUGAGGUGACAUUCACAUAACUUUUAUUACAGUAUAUUGUUAUAAUUGUUUUACUAUUGUUAAUUUCUUACUCUGCCUGAUUUACAAAUUAAACUUUACCAUAGGUAUGUAUGUAAAGGGAAAAACAGUAUAUAUAUUAUGGCUCUGGCACUAUCCAUAAUUUCAGGCAUUGACUGGUAGUCUUGGAAUGUAUCCCCCUGGGAGAAGGUGGGGAGGGAGAAACUAUUGUACUACAGACUGGAUGUUCUUAUUUCUUCUAAUUUACUAGCAGUUUAUACUUACUGUUGAGCAUUUCAUUAGGUUCUAAAGAAAUGAGAUUGUGUAAACCUUCACAUACUUUGCCAUCUUUCCAUGCAGUUGUCCCAGUUUAUUCAUUUUUGUUUUUGAGAACUUAAACUGAAUGGCCAGUGAGUAUUAUAACUCCAAGCACAGGAUUCCUGUCACUAAUAUCUUGCCAAAUGCAUGAAUAUAUGCGCUAAUACAUAUUUGCUGAAUUCAGUGGGUUUUGUGCCAUUUCUAAGAUACUGGGUGUCUUUGUCAGCUCUUGUUAUUGAGGAAUAUUUCCUUCUUUUUUUCUCUUAUAAAAUAUCAAAUAAAAUGGUAGUUUGUAUGUGAAUUUUUAACUUGUAUAUUUCUUGCAGAAGUUGCUGUAGAUAAAGAUACUUGAUGUCUUUGGUCUGAAUGAAUUUAUAUUUUCUGAAAUACAUUUCUUAUGUUUGUAUGAACAAAGACUGAUUGGAAUAGUUAUAAAUUCAGUGAUAAGAGAUGCUGUAAAUCUAGACUUAUAAGUUCUAGGCUCCUUUAGGUUAAAAUAUUGUAUUAAUUUACCAACUGUAUGGUUCAUCACCUAGAAAUGUGUAGGUGUGGGAAAUAAAAUUUAUAUGUAAGAAACAAGCUAAAACAAGUCUAAGACCAUGUAUGCCCAAGUACAUAAUUUCCUCUAAAAAUUCUAAGCAGCAGUAAAUGUUUAUUUAUUUAUUUUUUAAAUGUUUAGAAAAUUAUAAUGAAUAUAAUCUACUUUUGACUUGAGGUCUUUUUUUUAAAACUAAAAUCUCACAUUAAAAAGUUCUGCAGCAUAACAGAAAUCAGGAUUGGAGAUUGUUAACUUAAAAAUUGAAUGGAUUUUUAACCUUCAUUAGGAUAUGUCAUGUAGUUGCUGCCUUAAAAUUUAAGUUCCUAAAAGGAAAAAUCAUAUUUGUGAAACUUAAUCUUUUCAUAAUUUAUUGCUAUAUGCAGUUGUCAUUUAAUGUUUUUUGAUGCAAAUAUUAGAUUGGAACCUCCAGGACUUGAGGUUCAAGUAAAUUUCAAAAACAAAUAUUAAAAAUUCUGCUCUUAGAGUGAUAAAGUAGAAGACUUGGUGGAAGCUGCUUUUUUGCAGAGAAUAAAUUUAAAAACAAAACUGUUUUAUCACUGAAAAAAAAUAAAUGAAACCUUAACAAAAAUAUAAAAUCUUAGUCUGCUUUGUGAGGUAUAGAUUAUCCAGUGUUGUUAUGAACCAAUUAAACCUUUUAUUUUGUAUAAUGUUAUUAUGGAAAACAAACUUAACUUUUUCUGUACAGAAGCAUGAUAAAAAUUGAUUUCACAUUGAACUGCAGGUUCCUCUGGCCCCCUGCUGAAGGUCUAUCCUGAAAAUUGUGUGAAUUUUCUGUUAGAGGGAAUUUGUUGCUUCUGUUUAUCAAGAUGAUUGCAACACCUUUGAAACAUCCAGGAAUUCACCUGUCUUCAGAUACAUCUUCUCAAAGAAAUAUGCCCAUGCAUGCGAUCUUUUUUGACAGCAUUCCUUCAGGCACACUUACUCCUGUAAAAGACUUGGUGAAAUAUCAGAAAUCCGCUUUAAAACUGAAUAAUCAUAAAAAGAGUCAGUUUGUAGAAAUGGCAGUUUUUAAUAAUAAAAAUGUAUUUCAGUCUACCAUGCUAGUGGAGGCUACCACUUCUAACAGUUCUCUUGAUAUCAGUGCUAUAAAGCCCAACAAGGAUGAAUUUAAAAAUAAGGCAAGCUAUGAAUCACCAGGAAAAAUAUUUCAAAGAAUGAAAGAAAAAGUCCUACGCGGCAAGCAAGAAGAAGCAUCAGGAAACAGUUUUUUGGAACCAACACAAAAUGAAAGUUUCACUCCUAAUGGAGCUGAGGAAAGAAUAUUAAAGCAUACCUACCUCUGUGAAGAAAAGGAAAACAACAAAUCAUUCCAGCCAGAAAACAGUUCACUAAGAGAAAACUCAACCUCAGUCCAAGAAGUUCCUCUGGAAUCAUCAAGUAAUAUUUUUGUGCCGGUCAAGCAAAAGAUUAAAUAUCAGCAGGAAAAGAAGUUGCCUCUGCACAAUUUAACUUAUGAGCUUCCAGUUCUGAACCAAGAACAUAAAAAUGUUGCAGCUGCAAACAGGGCACUAACUAGAGCUCAGCUGGCUAGACAAAUUCUUCACCCAAAGGAGAAUACAGUUGCAACCAAUAAAUCCAAAAAGGACACGUUUGUUUUAGAAGACAUUGAUUCUACCUGUGAAAAGUCCCCAAAUACCACUGUUGAGACUCUUUGUGGUCCUGAUGUUGAGAAUGGUGGUCAGUUACUGGUUUCCGAUGAUAGUAAGAUUACAGCAGAAGGCACUUCAAAACAGGAAAUUAAGGAAGGAAAUGAGAAAACAAUGCACAGAGAGACUGAUUUUACAGGUUCCAUGAAUGAUACUUGUAAAAUUGUGCUUGCAACUCCACGAUUUCAUAUAACAAUACCUCAGAGAUCAAAAAGAAAUGCUUGGAACCCUUCUCCAAGUACAAGCCAAACUAUUACAAAUGGAGUUAAAAUUAAGAUAGUCCAGCUACAGGAAUGGAUGAUUAAAGUCAUCAAUAAUAACACUGCUAUAUGUGUAGAAGGAAAACUGAUAGACAUCACCAACAUAUAUUGGCACAGUAAUGUAAUUGUAGAACGGAUUAAGCACAACAAACUUAGAACUUUAUCAGGCAACAUUUAUGUACUAAAAGGAAUGAUAGACCAAAUUUCCAUGAAAGAAGCAGGUUACCCAAAAUAUCUCAUAAGGAAAUUUAUGUUUGGAUUUCCAGAAAAAUGGAAAGAGUACAUUGACAAUUUUUUAGAACAGUUAAGGGCUUGUGAGAAGGAAAAAGGAAAGGCCAGACAAAACCAGAAAGCUGAAAGAUGUGUUCCUGACAUUCAAAAAUCAAUGAAAAAUGAUGCGAGGAAAACAAAACCAGAUGUCCUCCAAAGAACCACCAUCACUUAUGACCUUGACUGUGAUUCUUUGGAGAGAACUAAAGAAUCCAAAGUAUCCAUUGAUAUUCUAACAUCAAAGGAACAGUUUUUCACAGAUGAAGAAAGAAAAUAUAUGAUUGUUAAUCAGAAGAAACCUUGUAUUUUAGUGACACCACUUAAAUCUAAAAAAAUUAUAGAGAAAAAAUGCAUGAACUAUAAUCUGUCAUCUGACUCCAUUAAAGCAGUAACAGAAUUUGCAUUGGGAAAGCCUCAAAAAGAAAGUAAAACAGACUCAAAUGAAACUACAAGUCCAGUCAGUAAGCCCACAAAGACUUUAGAAGGUACAUUUGAGUGUAGUGUGGGCCGUAAUAGUGAAAAUACGGAAGAUUGUUUUGAACAUGAUUUCCUCACUGUCAACAACAAAAUAAAAAUACCCAGUCCUAAAAAGGAACAAACGGUCACCUCUGACUUUAAGAAAAAUACAAGGUUAUCAAAACUGAAGAAAAUUGAAAAUCAAGUAACUGUGUCAUUUGACAAGCAUCAGUCCUCACCAGAUAUGUCUAAUGAAGAAAGUGAAAAAGGAAAGAAAUUUAGAAGGAAAACUGAGAUUGUUAAGAAAACCAGAGCAAUAAAUAACAAAGAAAUAGUGGUUCACCAGAGAAAAAGCACAAGAAAAACAAAGACAAUCCCAGUGAUGUCUGAAUCUGAAACUGAAGAAAGUGAAAAUGAAUUUUAUAUGAAACAAAAGAAAGCUAAAUGUUCUGCUAAAGAAAAUCUUCAGAAACCUGAUGUUGGUAAUGAACUUCCAAAUACCGAGAAAAUGGGAUCUUGUAAGACAAACAGGUAUUCCUUGGAAUGUUUGCCUGGUCUUACUCAGGAUGAGGAAUGGAAUAAGAAAGAAUUACAGAAACUUCAUUGUGCUGUUGCAUCUCUGCCAAAGCACAAGCCUGGUUUCUGGUCAGACGUAGCUAUGGCUGUAGGUUCUCGAUCUGCGGAUGAAUGCCAGAGGAAGUACAUGGAAGAUCCCCGAGGAAAAAAAUUUCAGAAACAUGACACCAAGAAAAAGCCAGCCAACCCCAAAGGCCAAGAUGGCAAGGUCAAUGAUGCUGAUAAGAAGGAAGCCAUGAAGAUAACUGCCAAAGUGGGAACUCUUAAAAGGAAGCAGCAGAUGAGAGAUUUUCUUGAACAGCUGCCAAAAGAUGAUCAUGAUGAUUUUUUCAGUGCAACACCUUUGCAGCAUCAAAAAAUACUGUUACCAAGUUUCCAGGACAGUCAAGAAGGGGAUGAUAUUCUGCCAAAUAUGGACAGAAAUCCAACAACUCCAUCAUCAGUUAUCUUUCCACUGGCAAAAACUCCUCAGUGCCAUCAUGUCACACCUGGCAUGCUAGACUCUAUAAACAGGAAUGAUUGUGAUAAAUAUGUUUUUCGUAUGCAAAAAACCCAUAAAAGUAAAGGUGGCACUACCUGGGGCAAUAUCAAGAAAAAAACAUUUGAAACUGAUUUUUCAACUCCACCAUCAAGAAGAAAAACAACAUUUAACAAAGAAUUAGCAGAAAACUCUGGUAUUGGAAAACUUUUCACAAAGGCUAUGGAGUCUUUAGAUGAAGAAGAGAACGAUUAUUAUUUUUCAAAUUCUGAUUCUUCGUAGUAUAAAUAAGAGAACAUGUCCAGGAUGUUUAUCAAGAAGCAGUGUAUUUGUGUCUUCAUCUGAAGUAUAUAUAUAUAUUUUCUUUAUAGAAACUGCACACUCUUUUUCAAAGGUUUCAUGUUUUAUGUCUCUCAUAAUCAUCUUAGUCUGUUUAAGAAAAUCAUGUUCCAUACAGGUUUUCUUAUUUUUUUUUUUAAGCAUUUAAGAAAAUAUUACUAUUGUUAAAUGGAGAGAUGGGGGAGAAUAGAAUAUAGAUUGUAGCUACUGAGUUCAUGAAAACUUUAGGUUAGCAUUUGUUACCAGUUGGUAUACAAGUCAGAUCUAAUGUUUUAAUUACACGUUGUUUAAACCAUUUUGACAUGCUUUCUCCUGAUUGUUUUUCUUAAAACUUGUGAUUGGCACAUCUGUGAAACCUAUGUAAAUUUCAUUUAUUGCUUUUAAGUAUUUUUAUUAAAUAGAAUGAGAAGACAUUUUGUAUUUUUAAGCAGACAUAGCAAAAAUUUGGUCUCAGUAUUUAAAAGACUGGAUUAGACAAAACAUUCAGGUUACAGAUUUACUACUGUAAGAAGUCAAGUUACUAUGUCAUGUCAUAGUAAACACUGUUUUCCUUUGGGACAGCUUCUUUAGAAAUAAACAUCUUUUAGCAUAUUCUGUCAUUAUGUUUUAAAUUUGACAUGAAAAUUUUUUUCCCUCUGUUUAUAGUACAUCACUCACCCUUUCCAGUUAGGUUUGUUCAAAUAAAGUAAGUUUUUUCUU